GGUUCUAAUAUCAUUUCCACGUCUGGUAUUCGGCACAACAGAAGAGAAACCGUGAAAGAAGAGAAACCGUGAAAGCCCUAAUCUUUCCAUCCUCAACUUUCGGGGUUUCCCGCCCUUCACCUUUAGAACUUAGAAGAUCCAUCGGACGAGCAAAAGCAAAGAAAAGCUUCAUUCACCCAACGACGAUGUGGAAUCAACCCAACUGGAAGACCGAUGUGGAGGCCGGAGGAGUAAGGCCUCUCUAUCCCAUGAUGCUCGAAAGCCCCGAACUCCGCUGGUCGUUCAUCCGCAAAGUCUACUCAAUUAUAACCAUCCAGUUGCUCGCCACAAUCGCUGUUGCCUCCGUCGUUGUCACCGUCCAUCCCAUUGCCCACUUCUUCGUCUCUACCAGCGGUGGCUUGGCUCUCUACAUCAUCCUCAUCAUUACCCCUUUUAUCGUCUUAUGCCCCCUAUUCUAUUACCACCAGAAGCACCCGGUAAAUUACGUGCUUCUUGGAAUUUUCACGAUUUCUCUGGCUUUUGCUGUUGGGUUAACGUGCGCCUUCACCAGCGGGAAGGUUAUUCUUGAAGCGGUCAUAUUAACUGCAGUGGUUGUUCUCAGCUUGACCUUUUACACUUUUUGGGCUGCUAGGAGAGGCCAAGAUUUCAACUUCCUUGGCCCCUUUUUGUUUGGUGCUCUGAUAGUUCUAAUGGUCUUUGCUCUGAUUCAGAUUCUCUUUCCACUGGGUAAGAUAUCAGUGAUGGUCUAUGGGUGUCUGGCAGCCAUUAUAUUUUGUGGUUACAUUGUAUAUGAUACGGACAACCUGAUUAAAAGGUACUCGUAUGAUGAGUAUAUCUGGGCUGCAGUGUCAUUAUACCUGGACAUCAUCAACCUCUUCCUCUCUCUGCUUACUAUUUUCAGAGCGGCUGAUAGUUGAAAGAUAUCAUUGUUACACGUAUUCCUUCUAAUAAUCUUCUUGUUAAGAGAUCGGUGUUCGUCUUUAAAGAAAGUCAUGUCAAUUAAUAAAUGGAUGUGCUUGUACUCUCGCGUGUCCCUAGGGAGAACGUAUCAAACAAAAAAAAGUCUUGUCUACAGUGGUAAAUAGUUGUUGAAACAGAAUUGUAUAUACAUUUCAGGAAUCUCUUUCCUCUUGCUUUCGCAAUAAUAUGUUCGUAUAUUGCAA